AUGGAUUCCAACGGAGUCGGGGAGACGGCGGCGGAUAUCCGCCGGGAAAUCGCCUCUUUAGAGAAGGACAAGGCGCACAUCGAGGACCGAAUAUCAGCUCUGCGAGCUCGGCUCAGUAAUCAUAUCCCGGAGAAUGGAAGAGAGGAGGCGGGUACCGCCGCCCCGCGCCCCACGGCGACGCCUUCCGGCGGCCAAUUGUCAGCUGAUAUGAUAUACAGAUACAGCCGCCAGCUGAUACUUCCGUCGUUCGGGGUUGAUGCGCAGGCGAAUUUGUUGAGGUCUUCGGUGUUGGUUAUUGGAGCCGGCGGCUUGGGCGCGCCUGCACUGCUUUACCUUGCGGCCUGCGGUGUAGGGCGUGUGGGUAUUGUCGAUCAUGAUGUUGUGGAGCUUAACAAUUUACAUAGGCAGGUAAUCCAUACUGAAUCAUAUAUUGGAAGAUCGAAAGUAGAGUCUGCUGCUGCUACAUGUCGCGCGAUUAACUCUACCGUCCAAAUAGUGGAGCACAAGGAAGCAUUUCGUACAUCCAAUGCCUUGGAGAUUAUGAGAAAGUAUGAUAUUGUUGUAGAUGCAACUGACAAUGUCCCUAGUCGUUAUAUGAUUAGUGAUUGCUGUGUUGUCUUGGGGAAGCCUCUAAUUUCUGGAGCUGCACUCGGACUGGAGGGACAGCUUACUGUUUACAAUUAUAAUGGAGGUCCAUGCUAUCGAUGCCUAUUCCCAACUCCGCCACCUUCAACAGCAUGUCAGAGAUGUGCAGACAGUGGAGUUCUUGGAGUAGUUCCUGGCAUUAUCGGGUGUCUCCAGGCCCUUGAAGCUAUAAAAGUUGUAAGUGGAGUUGGAGAACCACUUUCAGGAAGAAUGCUUCUAUUGGAUGCACUUUCUGCUAGAAUUCGCGUUGUCAAAAUUAGAGGGAGAUCACUACAUUGUGAAGCAUGUGGAGAAAACGGGACAAUGAACGAACAGAACUUUCAGACUUUCGACUAUGAAAAAUUCACUCAAUCUCCGCUAUCCACGUCUCCACUGAAGUUAAACCUGCUUUCAUCGGAGGAUAGAAUAACCUGCAAGGAAUACAAAGAAAAACACUCGAAAGGCGAGCCACACGUUUUGCUCGAUGUUCGACCCUCUCAUCACUACAAAAUUACCUCCCUAACAAAUUCACUGAACGUCCCUUUAGCAAAUCUGAAAGAGAGGAUAUCCGAAAUAUCGGCAGCCUUAGCAAAAGAGGAAGAGGAAAAGAAGAAUGGUGAUAGCAAUCGAGAAGAAGCGUCUCUAUACGUGAUUUGCAGAAGGGGAAAUGACUCGCAAAAGGCAGUCAGGUUACUUCGCGAGAUGGGUUUUGCUUUAGCUAAGGAUAUUGUUGGUGGGCUCGAGUCGUGGGCCCACGAUGUGGACCCACAAUUCCCGACAUACUAG